AAGGCUUUUUAGCUGUUUCCAUUACUUCAUCGUUAGCGGGAAACUUCAAAAACCAAUAUAGAGAGGGAAACCUUCGUACUGAGAGAGAAUUUUUCAAAAACAACCACUACUAUUAUUUAAACUCUUCUUUCCAGUGUUCCUUCUCGCGCACACUUCUUCCUUAGUUUCUCUACCUAUAAAUCUAAAAUCUCAUUGGCUUCGAAUAUGCAAUUCUGAAUUUUCCUGGGCAGUGAACUGUUCGACGGAAUUCCUCACUCAGAGAUUUUCGUGGUUCAGUUUCUCUUUUUUAUUUAAUUUUGAUCUGAGAUCCAUCAGAGUCUGUCUUCGAGUUUGCGAUAAUGUAUGUGGUGAAGAGAGACGGCCGUCAGGAGUCAGUGCAUUUCGACAAGAUCACUGCUCGUUUGAAGAAACUGAGUUAUGGGCUCAGUAUUGAGCACUGUGACCCGGUGCUUGUAUCUCAGAAGGUCUGUGCUGGUGUCUACAAGGGCGUGACUACCAGCCAGCUUGACGAAUUGGCAGCCGAGACGGCGGCUGGUAUGACUGCCAAUCACCCUGAUUAUGCUUCGUUGGCUGCUAGGAUUGUUGUUUCAAAUCUGCAUAAGAAUACGAAGAAAUCAUUUUCAGAGACGAUCAAAAUCAUGUACAACCAUGUCAGUGAGAAGUCUGGACUGAAGGCCCCCCUUGUUGCUGAUGAUGUUUAUGAAAUAAUCAUGAAGAAUGCUGUACUCCUAGACAGUGAGAUCAUUUAUGACAGAGACUUUGAGUAUGAUUACUUUGGUUUCAAAACCCUUGAAAGGUCCUACCUGUUGAAGGUUGAAGGAAAGGUGGUGGAAAGGCCACAACACAUGCUCAUGAGAGUUGCUGUUGGGAUCCACAAGGAUGAUAUUGACUCUGUUCUCAAAACAUAUCAUCUUAUGUCCCAACGUUGGUUCACUCAUGCUUCUCCAACUCUCUUCAAUUCAGGGACUCCAAGGCCCCAAUUGAGUAGUUGCUUCCUUGUGUGCAUGAAAGAGGACAGCAUUGAGGGGAUAUAUGAUACUUUGAAGGAGUGUGCUGUGAUAAGCAAGCAAGCUGGAGGAAUUGGUGUUUCUGUUCAUAAUAUUCGUGCUACUGGUAGUUAUAUCCGUGGUACAAAUGGGACAUCUAAUGGCAUUGUUCCAAUGCUACGAGUAUUCAAUGACACUGCACGAUAUGUUGAUCAGGGGGGAGGCAAGAGGAAGGGUGCAUUUGCUGUAUAUUUGGAGCCAUGGCAUGCUGAUGUCUUUGAGUAUCUUGAUCUCAGAAAGAACCAUGGAAAGGAAGAGCACAGAGCCCGGGAUCUAUUUUAUGCUCUCUGGAUUCCUGAUCUUUUUAUGGAAAGGGUCCAAGGUAAUCUCCAAUGGUCUCUGUUUUGCCCCAAUGAGGCUCCAGGCCUGGCUGAUUGCUGGGGUGUGGAAUUUGAGGAACUCUACACCCGGUACGAGAGAGAGGGAAAAGCAAAGAAAGUUGUGUCAGCACACAGCCUCUGGUUUGAGAUUCUGAAAUCCCAGAUAGAAACUGGGACCCCUUACAUGCUCUUCAAGGAUACUUGCAACAGAAAAAGUAACCAGCAGAAUCUGGGGACUAUCAAGUCUUCAAACUUGUGCACAGAGAUCAUUGAGUACACAAGUCCAACCGAAACUGCAGUUUGUAAUUUGGCAUCCAUUGCUCUGCCACGAUAUGUGAGAGAAAGGGGGGUUCCAAUUGAGUCUCACCCAUCUAAGAUGGUUGGAAGUAAAGGAUCCAAGAACCGGUAUUUUGACUUUGACAUGCUGGCUGAGGUUACAGCAAUAGUUACUUCAAAUCUCAACAAAAUUAUUGAUGUCAAUUACUACCCUGUUGAAACUGCAAAGACAUCAAAUUUGCGGCAUAGGCCAAUUGGGAUUGGAGUCCAGGGUCUCGCUGAUACCUUCAUCCUUCUUGGCAUGCCUUUUGAGUCACUAGAGGCUCAACAGCUGAACAAGGAUAUUUUUGAAACUAUAUACUACCAUGCUCUCAAAGCUUCUUCUGAACUUGCUGCAAAAGAUGGCCCUUACGAAACAUAUCAUGGCAGUCCAGUGAGCAAGGGAAUUCUUCAACCAGAUAUGUGGGGUUUUACACCAUCAGACCGGUGGGAUUGGUCUGCUCUGAGAGGAAUGAUCUCCAAGAGUGGUGUAAGAAAUUCUCUUCUCGUAGCACCGAUGCCCACUGCUUCAACCAGUCAGAUUCUUGGAAACAAUGAAUGCUUUGAGCCAUAUACUUCUAAUAUCUACAGCCGCAGAGUUCUGAGUGGGGAGUUUGUGGUAGUGAACAAGCAUCUUCUUCAUGACUUGACCGAACUGGGUCUUUGGUCUCCUGCCCUCAAGAACAACUUAAUUUAUGAGAAUGGGUCAGUCCAGAAAAUUCCAGAAAUUCAUGAUGAUCUGAAGGCUAUUUACAAGACAGUGUGGGAAAUUAAGCAAAAAACACUGGUUGACAUGGCUGUUGAUCGUGGAUGUUACAUAGAUCAGAGUCAGAGCUUGAAUAUUCACAUGGACCAACCUAAUUUUGGGAAACUGACAUCCCUGCACUUCUAUGCUUGGUCCAAGGGUUUAAAAACUGGAAUGUACUAUCUACGUUCACGUGCAGCAGCCGAUGCCAUUAAGUUCACUGUUGAUACAUCCGUUCUGAAUGAAACGGUCACCAAAGUGGACGAUGUUAAUACUAACAUUGCUCAAAUAGUCUGUUCUCUGGAGAACAGAGAAGAGUGUAUGGCUUGUGGAAGCUAAAUUCUUAUGUAUAGAAUGCAUGAAAUGUGGUUCAUACAGGUGAGUAUGCAAUAUCUAUACAUUGGGAAGAUUAAAUCCAGAUGAGAGGGCCAUUUACAGGAGAAUGUGGGUGAAUGUGAUUGGUGGAUGGGAGGCUGGGUAUAGUUGAAUUCUGAAACGAUGUAAAAGGGAAAGCCCAGAUUAAUUUGGUCAACUCAUUGUAUAUAUGCUCUAUACAAGCUUUAGGAAUAGACUUGAUAUAUUUUUUCUUUU